CUCCUGUUCUGUGACCUUCAUCGUUGCAAUGUUCCCGACGUUUGCCUCUGGCAAUUAGGGCGAGGCUAUCAUCCGAAUGUGUUCUUCUCGGGCUGAAUUUUAUUGAUGUGUAGCUAUUCCAUGGCGAACUUGGCGCACCUUGUGACUACAACACCUUGAGUUGCCAGACAAGGUUAUUCGGAACCUCACUGUAUCCCGAGUAUAUCGUGGAUCCUGAGUUCCCACAUCAACGCUUAAUUGCCUUCCUUACGCCCACAGAAGAUAACACGGCACAAGCAACACGUGUGACGAACGCUUCUUGCGGUUUUAAAACGAGCCGUCAUGCUGGCAUUACCAUCAUUCUCUUAGAUAUCUAACCCCCUCUGAAGCUCGCCCUAGCCCAUCCGCAGCCAAUCUCGCUUUUGCAAUGAAAUUGACCAGGGUCGAUAGGCUUCUUAAAUGGCUCGCCUCAAAAAGGGCUCCGUCGAUUCAAACAACCAUAGAUCGCACACGGCAAGCCCCAUUGAAGAGACCGACAGACCGUAUCUGGCCAGUGGCACCAUACUACUUUAAACAGGCAUCACGCUACUUCAAACAGAGUGGAUGGCAACCUGCUAGGGAAGAUCAUGGGUCGUCCAUGGAAUCCUUAAAUGCUCCCACCUCUCUCCGACUUCUUACGUGGAACGUCAACUUUUUUCAACCAAAUGCCGAAGAGCGGCUGAGCUGCGCGCUCGCACAUAUAUCCAGGCACCUUUCAAUACCCCCGGAUUCCACCACUGAGAUUCCUGUGGGCACGCCCACACCUUUUCCGUGCUGCAUUCUCCUACAAGAGAUCAGCGUCAAAAUGUUCUCUGCAUUGCUCUCAUAUAAAUGGAUUCGUGAGCACUUCUUCAUCAUCCCUGGUCAUCCGGAAGACUGGCCCAGUUCGAAGUAUGGGACGGUCACGCUCGUCUCACACAGCGUGCCUUUACUCGACGCGCAAUCCCUGGAAUUCGGGAAUUCUAUAACGGGUAGGACUGCACUGCUCGUGGACGUGCUGGUUGGACGCUCCGACACACGAGCAGAAUACGGUGGCUCUGCCCACGAGACAUCGGCUCCUGCUGUCUUGCGCAUAGGCAACCUGCACCUGGAGUCAAUGUCUCAGGGUAGCAGUAAGCGGCCAGCGCAGCUCGAAGCUGCAGGGAGAUUGUUGAGGAAUCCGAGCGUCGUUGCUGGGAUUUUGGCGGGAGACAUGAACUCGAUCAGCCCGAGCGACGCUGACAUCCAUCGUCUUGCAGGACUGGAGGAUGCGUACGAGGGUGGAGAAGAUGACGUACUGGGUCACACAUGGGGAUAUCAGUCUGAACGGCGAUCAAAACGUUCCAGAUUGGACAAGAUAUUCUAUACUGCCAACACUCCUAUAUGGAUAGAGGAUCCCCAGAGAGUCGGCGUUGGUUUAAAGACAAAGCGAGGGCAGUGGGUCAGUGACCAUUAUGGCCUCAUAACGACGGUUCGGCUCAAAGACAUCAUCAAGGCAAAUUCAUUGUGA